AGUUAACAGAUGAAUUCUGUCGACUUUGGCAAAAACGGAGCAAAAGGAAAACACACCCUGCAAAUGCCUCAGCCUUUCAAUAAGGAAACUUUUCAGCUGGAGCAUUCCUUGAACCAAGGCAAAGAGACCUUUACAGUAUAAGCAGCCAUGGGCCAUUAUGAAUGCACUGGUUUCCACUUAUUACUCUGUAUCGGCACAAUUAUGACCCUCUGUCAUCAAAGCUCUGCCUGUCACCAGGGAACAGAUACAGAAUGUGAGAAAGCACCCUUUGUGCCUGGCUACAACCUCGCAGGAGAAGGAUUUGAUGUAGUCAAACUGCGACGCAAAGGUGCUUAUUUGAUAAAUGUCAGAUCAUACAGGUUUGACAAUGACACAUGUACUGUGUGCAAGAACCGCUUCCAAGGAAGACAGGUGCAAAAACUUCCCUUGGCCAUUGUGGACUGGCGUCCUUUUAGCCGCUGUAGCAAACAACUGUCAAGUGCACUUCACCAUUCUGUUGAUUCACUUAUCAAAAGCUCCACAUCACUACUCAACAAUAACUGGGGGAUUGACCUUAGCCUGGAUGAUUUGGGCAAGGCUAUUUUAGGAGGGAGCCACUCAGAUAUAGCCAAGUUUGCCCAGUCACAGCACAUGAUGGACAAGUCGACUUUUGUUCUACAUGAGAUCAGCUGCACAUAUUACAGCUACAGGGUAAAGGAUCAGCCAGAGCUCAGUGCUGAAUUUACUAAACAUUUGCUUCAAUUGCCUCAACACUACAGUGAGAAAACGAAAACCCUGUAUGAGAAGAUUAUUGAUACAUAUGGCACACAUUACAUCCAUCGUGUCUAUUUAGGAGGACGUGUGAGACAAGUCACAGCCUUCCGAACCUGUCUUGCAUCCCUAAAGGGCUUUUUGGAGUCUGAUAUAAAGAACUGUCUGAACAUUGAGUUAAAAAUAGCUCUAGGAUUUCUGCCUGCAAACAUAUCACUUUCUAAUAAAUGCUCCAAAAUUCUCAAGGAUAAUAUAAGCAUGGGCUUCUAUCAGGGAUUCUUGACACAGAAGUUAGAGGUCUUAGGUGGCGAAAGUUACCUCCCAGACCUUGCAUUUCAUCAGAAUCCAGCUGAAGCUUAUGCAAGCUGGAUGAACAGUUUGCGUGAGAAUCCAGAUAUAAUUUCAUAUGCCAUUUUUCCUCUCCAUCAUCUGGUAACUGAUCCAGACCUAAGCGCUAGCCUGAAAAGGGCUGUGACUGAAUACAUUGAAGAGAACAUGCUUCCUUCAGAGCAGAAUCAGAACCACGAUUGCAGCCCAACGGCAAAUCUGGACCACAAAUGCUGCCCUCUGCGAGCAGGUCAUGGCACCUUGAGAGUGAUGGUGCUGCAUGCCACAGGUCUGAACGCAGACUUUUUUACUAAAACGGAUGGGUACGUCAAAGUGUGGUACAAUAAUAUGUACGAGGAGACAGACAUAGUGAUGGAUGAUGACAACCCAGAAUGGAACAAUAGUUACAAUUUUGGUUCAAUUGAAUUUGGUCAUGAGUUAAUAUUUGAGGUGUGGGACAGUGAUGUAAUGUUUAAUGACUUGGUGGGAAGGUGUGUCAUCUAUCCUGAACGUGGAACUCAUUCACGUAGUUGUAGAUUAAAGAAAGGAGUCUUUUAUUUCACUUACAGCGCCCAAUGUGAUGCUCACCUGGCUGGCCAUAGGUGUGGACGAUACUCCCCAAAAGCCUGAGUGCCUUGAUCAGGCCAAUCACAAAAGAUGUUUCGUUUUUUUAACAGCUAUGAAGAAUUUAGAAUUUCUGUUUUACUUUUCUCUCCAGGUUUUUCAUUUAUCUAUAGAUUAAAUGUAAUUUCAAAUUACCAUUAAAUUUUUUU